AUGGUUAAACAGGGCGAUUCUAUCCCCAGUGUCGACCUCUUCGAGAAUUCUCCUGGAAACAAGGUCAAUCUCGCCAACGAGCUUGCUUCCGGCAAGGGCGUCAUCAUUGGUGUCCCCGCUGCUUUCUCGCCAGGAUGCUCUGAUUCACAUAUCCCCGGCUAUCUCACCAGUGACAAGCUCAAGGAUGCUGGAAAGGUCUUUGUUGUCUCCGUCAACGAUGCUUUUGUCAUGAAGGCAUGGGGAAAGAGCCUGGACGCAGACAAGAGCAGUGGCAUUCGCUUCCUCGCUGAUCCCACCGGCGAGUUCUCCAAGGCCUGGGACGUCACCUUCGAUGCAACUCCCAUCCUGGGUAAUCAUCGAAGCAAGCGAUACGCUACCACCAUUGAGAAUGGCAGGGUCGUCAAGGCUGCCGUGGAGCCAGACAAUACUGGAAUCUCCAGUGAGCUCCCCCGCUUCUAG